GUUGUCACACAGGGGUUUGGCUGGAGCAGCAAUAUAACAUGACGCGGUUGUUGUACGACAACCUGUCGACUUGGCGGUCUGAUCUGAAGAAGACUGCAAUAAGUAUCAUGCCACUAUCAUACUCGCUUUUGCCCCCACCUUCCAUUCCUCCUCAACAACAUGCAACUUGGAUUGAAAACACUGCUAAAGAUUUACUCGAGGGUGGUUUGUUUUUACGGUUUGGAAAAGACCAUAAUGGGAGAACAAGGAAUUUUGCCAAUCCUGCCCUCCACAAUGCCACCAUUGCCUUUUUUUACACAGGACCUUACCGGAUCGCAUGGAGGCGGCCAGAUCAGUUCCGUACUCAAUUGCCCGUAUCGUGUUUAGCCUUAGUUGCCACAGUGUUCCACUGUGUUUUCGAUGGUCUUAAGAAGAACGGUAGCGGUAAAUGCUAUCCGAACUUUUCCUCCAAGGAAUACUCGCCCGUCUACCGGAAAAUGCUCGGAAUGAUCAAAGAAACCCUACAGGAUGAAUAUCACGGCCCUAGAUUGUUGGCGCAACUUCGAGAAUGGGCUGAAGCUGGAUGGGCCGAAAAUCUCAAGGUCGACGGCGGCGCUGCGGAGAUGAAACAUGACCACCUCCAAGUCAUUCUGGACUAGAUAUUUGUAUUCCGUGCCUGAUUUCUCAUCCACUGCUACUAUCAUGUGCCUUCAUAUCUUCCCUGUCCGAGAUUCAAAUAUUA